GGUGGCCGAGGUGGGCCGCCGAUCCGAAAAGAGUGGCGGGAGCUGUUCCGCUUGCUCCGUGUGUCCCCGAGAGCUGCCGCCCGCUUCCCCAGUGACCUGGCCGGGAAGAGUUCCUAGGCGUCCAGCUCCCACGGCAGAGGUACCCGGAGCCCACGGGAGCGGACCGGCCGCGCGGGGACCAUGCCGCUCGUGCCCCAGCGGGCCCCCGAGCAGAGUGACUGCGGCUUGGUGGCCAGUCUCGACAACGUCAGGAACCUCUCCACGGUCCUGAAGGCCAUUCAUUUCCGGGACCAUGCCACGUGUUUCGCCACCAAAAAUGGAAUCAAGGUGACAGUGGAAAACGCCAAGUGUGUGCAAGCGAACGCCUUUAUCCAGGCUGGAAUAUUUCAAGAGUUUAAAGUUCAGGAAGAGCCUGUUACUUUUCGAAUUAAUUUAACUGUCCUUUUAGACUGUUUAUCUAUUUUUGGAUCAAAUCCUGUGCCAGGGAAUUUAACGGCGCUGCGCAUGUGCUACCAAGGGUACGGCUACCCGCUGAUGCUCUUUCUGGAGGAAGGAGGAGUGGUGACGGUCUGUAAAAUCAGUACUCAGGAGCCCGAGGAAACUCUGGAUUUCGAUUUCUGCAGCACCAACGUUGUCAAUAAAAUUAUUCUGCAGUCAGAGGGGCUCCGUGAAGCGUUUUCCGAGUUGGAUAUGACCAGCGAGGUCCUGCAGAUCACCAUGUCCCCCGACAAGCCGUACUUCAGGUUGUCUACCUUUGGGAACGCAGGAAGCUCCCACCUCGACUAUCCCAAAGACUCUGAUUUGAUGGAAUCAUUUCACUGUAAUCAGACCCAGGUCAACAGGUACAAGAUCUCGCUGCUGAAACCCUCUACGAAGGCACUGGUCCUGUCCUGCAAGGUGUCUGUCCGCACGGACAACCGGGGGUUCCUGUCGCUGCAGUACAUGAUCAGGAACGAGGACGGGCAGGUGUGUUUCGUGGAGUACUACUGCUGCCCUGACGAAGAGCCCCCCGAGUCUGAGUCCUGAGGGCGAAGGGCACUGCGGCAUGCGCGGCGGGCCAUGUGCUCGCUCUCCGUGCUUUCGUGCUGGGCUCCCAAAGGGCAGGGGCACGGGAGAGACAGGUGCCUGUGCCCCAGGUCACCGUGUGUUUUGUCACAGAGUCACAGAUUGCCCCGUUCCGGGCCGUCCUGUGCUUCUGUCUUUGGACUCCCGGGGAUUCCUAUGAGCCAAGAUGAAUAAGUUAUAUAUGUAUUCUGUUCUAUUUAAGUAGGACAUUUCAAAAGUCUGGAAAUUUAAAAUUUGAUGGAGCCAUAUAUGAAAUGUUCUUUUAUUUAUUUACUGUUAGAAAAAUCAAAGGCGUGAGUGUUGCUUAUUAGUUUGAAUAAUUCAAAAUACUUCAUUUAAAAAAAAGAUUUUAUUUAUGUAUUUUUAGAGAGGGGAGAGGAGGGACAAGAGGAGGGAGGGGAACACGGAUGUGAGAGACACAUCGGUCAGUUGCCUCUCGUGUGCACCUCGACCAGGGACUGAAUCCACAGUCCAAGGCCGUACCCUGACUGAAAAAUAGAACCAGCGACCUCUCGCUUUGCAGGACGAUGGCCGACCAACUGAGCCACACUGGUCAGGGCUUUCUUUAAAUUUUUUUUAAAUUAGGAAAUACACAUUUUAUUUCUCUUUUUAAAUAUGAGGCAUUUUUAUUGAGAUAUAAUUGACAUGUAGCAUUAUAUUAGUUUCAAGUGUACAACAUCACUCGGUAGAGAAUGUAUCUUACAGCAGUGAUUCCUACAGCGUUGCACCCAGACCGACACCAUCAGCAUCACCUAGACGCUCGGCAGCGACUCUGCCAGUGGGCCAGCAGCCUGGCGCUGAAAGAGCCCGCCCCACCCCUGGAGAUUCUGACGCGUGCUGAAGUUUGAGAACCACUGUGUUAGAGGGUACUUUAAAAAAACAAAAAAGAUAACAUGUAAUUACAUUGAAGUGAUUGCUUUUCUAGGUGAUUUCUUCACAAGCCUCUGAAGCUUAGGGAUCGCUAAGCAAUUUUGAAUAAUUAUAUGAUUUAUUUUUAAGUAUUUAUUUUGAAGAAAUCUAUGACCAAGACAUAAAAGUCUUCAGAGUUACAGAUUUUCUCCUUGUUCUCACAAGUGUUCAGUGCAGUGAGUACUUGGUAGACACCUCCUGUUGCCCUGUGAGUCUCCCGGCCAGAGGAAGGUGCAGGAAGCCAGAUAGGAAGUCACUUGUGCAUUUCUUGGGUAAUCUGCCAUGAACUUACUUUGCAGCAUGUAGAUAAUUUAAUAAUAUAAUAACUAAAAUUAUCUGGCUUGUUUUCUAGUAGAAAAAA